CGCAGCUCCGAGGAGAUGGUGCCCAGCUCCCCCUCGCCGCCCCCCCCGCCCCGCGUCUACAAGCCGUGUUUCGUCUGCAGCGACAAGUCCUCGGGCUAUCACUACGGCGUCAGCUCCUGCGAGGGCUGCAAGGGGUUUUUCCGCCGCAGCAUCCAGAAGAACAUGGUGUACACGUGCCACCGGGACAAGAACUGCCAGAUCAACAAGGUGACGCGCAACCGCUGCCAGUUCUGCCGCCUCCAGAAGUGCUUCGAGGUCGGCAUGUCCAAGGAAGCCGUCCGUAACGACAGGAACAAGAAGAAGAAGGAGGUGAAGGAGGAGGUGACGGCCGAGAGCUACGAGCUGAGCCCGGAGAUGGAGGAGCUGGUGCAGAAGGUCAGCAGAGCCCACCAAGAGACCUUCCCCUCCCUCUGCCAGCUGGGCAAAUACACCAUGAACACAAGCGCUGAGCACCGGGUGCAGCUGGAUUUGGGGCUGUGGGACAAGUUCAGCGAAUUGGCCACCAAAUGCAUCAUCAAGAUCGUGGAGUUUGCCAAGCGCCUGCCCGGCUUCACCGCCCUCAGCAUGGCCGACCAGAUCACCCUGCUCAAGGCCGCCUGCCUGGAUAUCCUGAUGCUGCGGAUCUGCACGCGCUACACGCCGGAGCAGGACACCAUGACCUUCUCGGACGGGCUGACGCUGAACCGCACGCAGAUGCACAACGCCGGCUUCGGGCCGCUCACCGACCUGGUCUUCGCCUUCGCCGGGCAGCUGCUGCCGCUGGAGAUGGACGACACCGAGACCGGGCUGCUCAGCGCCAUCUGCCUCAUCUGCGGAGACCGCAUGGACCUGGAGGAGCCGGAGAAGGUGGAGAAGCUGCAGGAGCCGCUGCUGGAGGCCCUGAAGGUUUACGCGCGGCGGCGCCGGCCGCACCAGCCCCACAUGUUCCCCCGCAUGCUCAUGAAGAUCACUGACCUGCGGGGCAUCAGCACCAAGGGCGCGGAGCGAGCCAUCACGCUGAAGAUGGAGAUCCCGGGGCCCAUGCCCCCCCUCAUCCGGGAGAUGCUGGAGAACCCCGAGAUGUUCCAGGAGGAGGAGGGGGGGGCGCAGCCCCCCUCCGAGCCCCCCGCUGCCCAGGACAGCCCCCCUGCAUCCCCAUAGCCCCCCCUGCCUGCGCUGGGGCGGGGGGGGGGGGGGGGGGGCGUACCCCCCCACCAGAGUUGGACGCUCACAACUGCCUUCCGGGCCUCCCCCUUUGCUCCGGGGAGGGGGGCACCCCCACGGUUCCCCCCCCAAGUCUGGGGGGGCUCCAGAGACUGAUGGAGCCAGCCCGGGGGGGACCCCGUGGCACAGCUAUUGCCUUAAGCCGGGGGGGCUCUGGGGGGGCCCCUCCACCCCACCCUCAGCUUCAUGCCAAAGCCCCCCCAGCCCCGCUGCCGCCCCCCACCCUUAUCUGGGGGGGUGGGGGGCAGACUUGAGAGGUGCAACAAGGACAGGAACGGCCCCCCCCGUUAAUCUCAGCCGCCCCUGGGGCGGCCCCGCCCUGGAUUCCCCCCCUUGCUGAGCCGGGGGACCCUGGUGUCCAGGACUUUAUUUAUUGGAAACAGGGUGGAUUUAGGGGGGCACCCCCAUCCCCCCACACCACUGGGGCAAAGGUGCGACCCCCUCCAUGCCGGGGGGGGGGGUGGGGGGGGGGAUUUGCUGGUUUACUUUAUAAAGGGUGUGUGGGGGGGGUGUCGCUGCUUGCAGGUUUUGCUUCUUCAUGCUGUUGGUGUGGGGGGGGACCCCAAAACCCUCCUCCCCCAGCGCUGCCUCCCUGCCCGCUGCACAGAACACUAGAGACCAAAGAUGGGACACGAGGUGACACCCCCUCCCCCAACCCACCUCUAAUGGGGGGGGGGGGGCGGGGAGGACCCAAGCCAUAGUGUGAUCUCAAUGUUGGGGGGCUCUGCCCUGUGCCCCUCCCUGCCCCCACCACCCCCCAGCAGCUUUGGGGGUGUCACAGCCCGACUGCCCCCGGGACCAAACUGCUCCCCCCUAAAUGUCUGUUACUCCCAGCCUGGCUGGACAGCAGGGCCUCCCUGCCCCCCCCCGCCCCCCCCCCCCAAACUCGCCCCGUUUUGGGGUGCACGGCCCUCGGGGGGGGCUGUUACACUACACGGGGCGGUGCCCCCCAGGGCAGCACUUUUCACCUGUUAUUUAUUCCUUUGCGUUUACACCAGGGUCCCCUGGCCCCGGGGAGGGUCCCCGUGCCGCUGCCCCCGCUGCCCCCCCCGCGGUGUCCAAGCUGCCCCCCCGCCAUGUUUACAGCCCACCCGCGGCCCCUCCCCCCGCCCGGGGGUGGGGGGGACAUGGGACUUUUCUAUUUUUGCAAAAUAAAGAGAUGGAAAUUUGG